GAAGUCUCAGGCAGCCGCUAGAAGUCAGGCAACGUGCAAGGAGGGGAGAGGGCAAGUGAGCCCUGGUCCUACUCCAGCUCCAGCCGAGAUCUGCCCACUAUGGCCCUGGUGCUGACCCUCCAGCUGCUGACCCUCUGGUCUCUGUGUCAUGCAGACAUCACUCCAUCUGUUCCCCCAGCUUCAUACCCCAAGCCAUGGCUGGGGGCUGAGCCAGCUGCAGUUGUGACUCCUGGAGUCAAUGUGACCUUGAGAUGCCGGGCGCCUCAACUUGCCUGGAGGUUUGCACUUUUCAAGCCUGGAGAGAUGGGCCCCCUACUCUUCCGGGACGUGUCCUCGGAACUGGCAGAGUUCUUCUUGGAGGAGGUGACUCCAGCCCAGGGGGGCAGUUACCGCUGCUGCUACCGAAGGCCAGACUGGAGGCCAGGUGUCUGGUCCCAGCCCAGUGAUGACCUGGAACUGUUGGUGACAGACCAGCUGCCGCGGCCGUCUCUGGUGGCGCUGCCCGGGCCGGUGGUGGCGCGCGGCGCCAACGUGAGCCUGCGCUGCGCGGGCCGCGUGCGGGGCAUGAGCUUCGCGCUGUACCGCGUGGGCGCGGCGGCCCCACUGCAGUUCCAGGACUCCGAGCAGCGCUGGGCCGACUUCCCGUUGUCCGGCUCCCGCGCCCCCGGCACCUACAGCUGCUACUAUCACACGCCAUCUGCGCCCUACGUGCUGUCUCAGCGCAGCGAGCCGCUGGUCAUCAGUGCGGAAGACACUGGCUCCUCCGACUACACCUUGGGGAACCUCCUCCGCCUGGGGCUGGCGGGCCUGAUCCUUAUUUCCUUGGGUGCAUUAGUCGCCUUCGAUUGGCACAGCCAGACCCGCGGCCCUUGUGGUGUUGGGCCCUGAGCCCGGGGGGCUGGGUGUAGACAACCAGACACCUGCAAGGGAGAGGGGACAUGCCUUCCCGAAGAGUGGAGGAGGAAAAGCUGGGAUCCCUGCUGUUGGGCUGUCCUUUCCCUGAGCCCCACAGCCCUACUGGCUAAGCCCAGCUUAACCAUCCUGCAAGACUCUGCGGUCCGGGGAAGCCUGGCUGAGUGAGAGGCGUAGUGCGUGGUUAAGGUGUCCAAGGCGGAAGGCCUGUGUUCUGAUCCCAGUGCUGCUGCUCUCCUUGGGACAUUUGGGAAGCGACCUUUCCCAAGCCUUGGUUGCCUUGACGGUAACGUGGGUGCCCAGAUAAUACCUUCUUCAUAGAAUUGUUGUAGGAUUAAGUGCAUAAUACAAAUAAGAUGUU